AUGGCGGAAUUCGUGCGGUCCCAGAUCUUCGGCACCACCUUCGAGAUCACCAGUCGGUACUCGGACUUGCAGCCGGUGGGCAUGGGAGCCUUCGGGCUCGUCUGCUCGGCGCGCGACCAAUUGACCGGCCAGCCUGUCGCGGUCAAGAAGAUUAUGAAACCGUUCAGCACUCCGGUUCUGUCCAAGCGCACCUACCGUGAACUGAAGCUCCUGAAGCAUCUUCGCCAUGAAAACAUCAUCAGCCUCAGCGAUAUCUUCAUCUCUCCCCUGGAAGACAUUUACUUCGUCACUGAGCUUCUGGGUACCGACCUCCACCGACUCCUUACUUCUCGCCCUCUCGAAAAGCAGUUCAUCCAGUACUUCCUCUACCAAAUUCUCCGUGGAUUGAAAUAUGUCCACUCCGCCGGUGUUGUCCACCGUGAUUUGAAGCCCAGCAACAUCCUGAUCAACGAAAACUGCGACCUGAAAAUCUGCGAUUUUGGUCUCGCCCGUAUCCAGGACCCACAGAUGACCGGCUACGUCUCAACAAGAUACUACCGGGCCCCCGAGAUCAUGCUCACGUGGCAGAAGUACGACGUUGAGGUGGACAUCUGGAGUGCGGGCUGCAUCUUCGCCGAGAUGCUGGAGGGCAAGCCGCUCUUCCCCGGAAAGGACCAUGUCAACCAAUUUUCGAUCAUCACUGAGCUGCUGGGUACUCCGCCCGACGAUGUGAUCCAGACCAUCUGCAGCGAAAACACCCUCCGGUUCGUCAAGUCCCUUCCGAAGCGUGAGCGCCAACCCCUGGCGAAUAAAUUCAAAAAUGCCGAUGCCGAUGCCAUCGAUCUGCUCGAGCGCAUGUUGGUAUUCGACCCCAAGAAGCGAAUCCGGGCCGGAGAAGCGCUGGCGCAUGAAUAUCUGGCCCCUUAUCAUGACCCCACCGACGAGCCGGUCGCACAAGAGAAGUUUGACUGGUCGUUCAAUGAUGCCGACCUGCCCGUGGACACUUGGAAAAUCAUGAUGUACUCGGAAAUUCUCGAUUUCCACAACAUCGACCAAGGCAACGAGGCCGGCCAGGCUCUGGUCGCGGGUCCGGUGCAGGGCAACCCUCCCCAGGCUUACGCAUGA